AUGCAAGCAGAUGACAAGUUGAUGUUAGAGAAGAUGUAUGAGCCGGUAACAAAACCCCUCAAUUCUAUGUCUCAAUCCUUAGAGAAACAAAAACUACAAAAUGUUUUACAGUCUGAUAGACCCACUUCGAAAAAAAAGACGGAAUUAGAUAUCUCAAGUAACUUUUUUACACCUAUCCAUCGAAAGUGGAAGGGUAUUCUUGAUGGUAGCGAUUCAGAUGAAGAGAAUUCUGUUGCUUCAUACGAAGAAAAUUCACCAGAGAUAUACAUUGAGGGACUAUAUAAUAAACCAUCCGAAUACGACACAGUCUAUGGAGUUAGGACAGAGAAAAAACACAAAAACAAAUAUUUCAUUGGAGAUGCUGAAGCAAAAUUUAAUUCUGGUAAUAUUGAUUUAUGGCGAAAUAAUGAAAAAAUCGGAUCUUUCAAAGGAAGUAAUGAAUUGUAUGAUUUACUUUUUUUAAAAAAACCAAAAGUUCUAGAUAAUUUGACUAAGUUAUCGGAUAACACUUUGGAAACAUAUAGAGAAAUAUUGAAGCGUACUCAUGCUAUGAACCAUAACUAUAAUAAAGAUAAAAAAAUAAGAACAUCAAGGUGGCCCAAAUUUAGUGAAUUGUUAGAUCCAUUAUUUAAACCAACUCAAGCCAUAGUACAUCAACCAUUACCAAUGGAAUUUCCACAUUUCAACAACGGCACUUUCCAUUAUCCGUUUUACUUUUUCGAAACCGCCGCCCUGUUCAAUGGCGGUUACAUUAAUACGGCCACAGAUUUAAUAACGGUGAGUUUAAUAUGGAUUGCCGCCAUCCAAUUACGGAUUUUAAACAGGAAAUUGAGGGAUACCGAACGGAAUGUGCGACGCACGGACGGAUAUUCGGAAUUCAAUGUCGAACGGCUCACUUUGGACUAUUUGACCGAGUGUUGUGUACAUUAUAUGGAUAUUGAGGAAUUCAUCAUAAACUUGCAAGAAGUUUUCUCGGUAAUAAUUUUCGUCCAAAUGGGCGCCAGCGUCCUGGCUAUUUGCAACACAGGAAUAAACCUAGUCACGUUCGAAAGCAUCCCUGAAACUCUGGCACUAACCGUCUACGUCACUGUAAUGCUGGUGCAACUCGGUUUGUAUUGUUGGUUCGGAAAUCGGGUAUUUACAGAGAGCGAAGAUAUAACAACUUCGUGUUACAUGUCUCCCUGGUACAAACGAUCGACUGCGACUAAGAAAAUUUUAUUUUUGCUAAUGGAAAGAUCGAAACGUCCGAUGAAAAUAAGCGGACUCAAGUUUUUCGUAUUGAAAUUUAAUACAUUUAUUUCAAUAUUGAAAUUUACUUAUUCGUACUUUACUUUAUUAAGAAAAAAUUCAAAUGCCUAA